CAUUGGCAAAGAGCAUUUCAUGGACAAGAACUUCUUGGGUUUUCAUUUUUGCUUUGAAACGAGCAAGGUUAAAGAGGUUCCUAUUGGAUCUGGUCUGGAGGUAUACUUCUGAAGAGCUACUAAAUGUAUAUUUGAGUAGGACAGUGAAGAAAAUCCCCAAAAGUGACAGAGUUAGGACACAGCCCUGAUUGACACUGCUCUUGAUUUCAAAUUCUUCUGAAUGAGACCCAUCAAACUGCACUGUUUCACACAUACUGACGUGGAAGGACUUGAUACUUAGGAGGGCAGCUAAUCUUCAGGAUUUGAAACAAACCAUCUCUGCUGACGAGAUCAAAGGCUUUGGUGAGAUUGACAAAUACUAUGUACAGAGAUUUUCUUUGUUCACUGCACUUUUGUUGUAGUCUCAAGGAGAAUGUAAUCUCUUGUCGUGGAUCUACUGGAUCUGAAACCCCAGUGAGACUCAGGGUAGACUGUCUGCAAGGGUCUGCAGUUGUAGCAGGACAGCUUUGGCAAACAGCUUCCCAAUGAUGCAAAGUAUAUGACAGAGGUGGAAUUAUCUUGUCCUUACUGAGCAAGCAGCACUGUCCCUCUUACGGGUACCUUUGCUGUGUCCUUGGACCGAAACCUCUAUAAGCUGGGAUCUGUGAGCAGAAGCGAGAGCUCUGGCUACAGAUCUUUAGCUCAACUUCUUAAUACUGUGUCUGUCUAGAAAAGAUGAAUCAGGAGAGCAGCCCGAGCGAACUACCUGGUGGCCAGGACCCACUCCUAUUGCUGAAAACCCUUCAGUCUCUUUGGACAAAGAAAGAGAUGAAGAAGCAGCUCAAGGAAGAAACCAGGCGGGGCUUUGCAGGUCUGGAAGACCCAUUGGCAGGGCUCUUGGACAUGCUGGAGAGCAGCAGUGAUUGGAAGGGGAAAGGGCACUCCCUUGGGUAUUACAUCACCAAUGAGUUGCAGCUUUGGAUAAAGGAGCAUCCCGCUGUUCAGCAGACUGGCUUGAAGUUGAAGAAGCUCCAGGCCCGAGUGUUCAGAAUAGUAGUCCAGUGCCAACCUAAUCUCAUUGAUCCACUUAUCAACAUUUAUCAGCUCCUUACAGCAGACCGGAGCUAUCUGCUUGGACACGUCAGUCACCUUUACUACAAUGGCAAGUACAAAGAGGCAGUCAUUCUGAGCAUAAAGCUAAGAUUACAGCAGGAUCAAGACUUGGAGAAGAUGUGCACUCCACUGCUGCUUCAAGAUAAAACUAACUUAGUGGAGGCUUAUGUAGCAGAAUAUCCCAAUCUUCAGUGCAAACUUUUACAGAUCCUGGAUGCGUGGCGUGAACCCAGUUUUAAUAUUAAAGACAUCUCAAGGCAGUAUCAAGGGUUGAUCGACUACAGACCAGAUAAAUUUAACCACAAAACAUUGAGCAAGCUGGUCUUCAGGCUCCUUAAACAGUAUAACUUAGAUCCAGCUCUUUGUCCUAAUGUCAUCAAUCAGCAGCACCUAGGAUCACUGAAAUAUCUCUUCUACAAGAGGUUUGUUGAGAAAAGCAUGACUCAGGAGAACUGGACAGAUCAUGUUCAGAGCACCGUGGGGGACAAUCGGUGGCUACAAGAGCAGCUGAUCCAACUCCUGGUCAGUUAUUGUGAUUUGAACACUGCAGCCAGGUGGGCUUUCCAUUAUAACUUCCCUAAGGAGAACCUACCUUAUGGAGUGGCUGACGAGCUUCAGAGACUCAAGAUCCAGGAGAGGGUAGAAGAUGCUGAGAGAACUGAUGAUUAUGAAGAGGACAGGAAGAAGAAUUAUUACCAGCUGCCCAUUCCCAGGGAGAACAUUCACUUCCUGCAGACUUGGGAAGAGAUGCAGCAGUGCAGGGAACAGGUGCUGCAGCCUGGCCAGGUAAUUGGCAUUGACAUGGAGUGGAGGCCUUCGUUUGGCAGUGUGGGGAGGUCGCGUGUCUCCUUGCUUCAGCUCGCUGUCAAGGACCAGGUGUUCCUCUUGGAUCUACUGCAGUUCCAGGAGGAGGUUGAGCAGGAGAAGCUUGCUCACUUUAUCCAGACACUCUUUUCAGACCCAGCCAUCACUAAGCUAGGUUAUGGGAUGUCUGGAGAUCUCACCAGCCUUGCUGCAAUGUGUUCUACUUUUAAAAACCUGAACAGGGAGGUACAAGGCACAGUGGACCUGUUCACAGUAGAUAAACAAUUACAGAAAUGCUUCAGAGACUGGAGGAAGGAUGUCCGGAAGGUCGAUGUACUGUCACAGGAGCAGAGCUGUGAGGACAGAAGGUUCAGGCAGACAGAGAAAGGACUCAGCCUGCUGGUGCAGCAUGUCCUGGGAAAGCCUCUGAAUAAAACAGAGCAGCUGUCCAACUGGGAGAAACGGCCCCUUCGCGAGGAGCAGAUCCUCUAUGCAGCUUCUGAUGCAUACUGCUUGUUGGAAGUGUAUAGGAAGCUGUCUGAGGAUCCAGCAGCCUUUGGUCUGAGUUCAGACCUCACUGAGAGCCUGGUGGAGAAACAAGCCACAAAAUCCAGGGCAAAGAAGCUGCUAAAUAAACAAAAAAUGCCAUCGACCUCCAGACAGCAGUCCAAAGAGGUUGUCAAGGAGGCCUCAAGCCCCUCUCCCAUAAUCUCUCCAAAAGAGUUCAGUGUGGUCUGCGACAAUAUGCUGCAGGGACUUGGGCGCUACCUUCGUUGUCUUGGGGUGGACGUCCGGAUGCUAGAGAAUGAUGAUGACCAUAGAAAAGCUGCUGAGAUUGCCUGGCAGGAAGGAAGGGUCAUUUUAACCUCUGGACUCCCAUAUCAGAUGCUGCGGUCCCAGGUAGGAGAAGGGAGAUGUUUCUCUGUGAACUGUUCAGAAAAAGCAAGGGAGCAGGCCCUACAAGUUCUGAAGCACUUCAAUGUUCAAGUGGCCCUGGCAGAUAUCUUCAGUCGCUGUCAGGUGUGCAACUGUGACAAAUACGUGAAGAUCUCCAAAGAGAAAAUGAGGCAAUUGAUGCAACUCGGUGGAUAUUUAACUGAGGGAGAUGAUGCAGGCUGCCUGGCAAGCACUGAAAAGCAACAAGAGAUGGAUGCAGAGGCCACUGUCCCAGAAUCUGACUCUCCACAGCUGGUUUACAACCCAAACUGCCAGUGGCUGGACGAGUCGGGUCUCAACAUGGAGUCUUUGACACUGGCCAACGGCACCGCCCUGCAGCUGGGAGCCAUCCCAGUCAAGAUGCUGGACAAAGCGGAUCCAUCUUAUUUCUACUGCUGCAGCCAGUGUGGAAAGGUGUUCUGGGAGGGGUCACACUUUGGCUGCGUGGUCUCUCAGUUUAAGGAUAUUUUGGUUGCCACGAAGGAAAAUCCCAGCUUCUAUGAGCUGAGCUGAGGGGAAGGAUUCCUGGCUCAGGCUAAACUACAGAGGAAAGAGCUGGGACUCUCAGGUGGGGUCCUUGUCCCCUGAUGGGUCACAGCAGCUGGCAGAAGAAAUGGACUUUGAUUUGAGGUUGAAGAUUAGGAGCUUGGCUGGUGGGGGAAGCUGUGUUUUGAAGGUGGUGGCAAAGGGCACUCUGUUACCUAGGGCCUUUCUGUGUGUGUACUGUAACAGGGCCAGUGGGAUGUAAUGGCCUUCUCCGCGAUCAUUAAAUCAGAUGUUCAGGGAA